AUGUUUAGCUGGCUAAGGAAGGAAGGCGAAAAGACGGAAAGUAUCGACAAUGUCGUCGAAGGGUUGAAAAGAAUUUACAAAACUAAGCUUUUACCCCUCGAAUUGCAUUAUCAGUUUCACGAUUUUCACUCACCUCAGCUCGAAGAGCCCGAUUUUGAUGCAAAACCGAUGAUAUUGUUGGUAGGUCAAUACUCAACUGGUAAAACGACCUUUAUUAAAUACCUUCUUGAGCGUGAUUUCCCCGGCAUUAGGAUAGGACCAGAGCCUACAACUGAUCGAUUUAUAGCUGUUAUGUAUGAUGAAAAAGAAGGUGUUAUACCUGGGAACGCGCUGGUUGUCGACCCAAAGAAACAGUUCCGCCCUCUUAGUAAGUUUGGCAACGCCUUCUUAAACAGAUUCCAGUGUUCUACUGUUACUUCUCCUGUUCUCCGUGGUAUAUCGAUUGUAGAUACACCUGGAAUUCUAUCUGGAGAGAAGCAGCGUGUGGACCGUGGCUAUGAUUUUACUGGUGUAUUAGAGUGGUUUGCAGAACGAGUAGAUAGAAUUAUAUUAUUAUUUGAUGCUCACAAACUCGACAUUUCUGACGAGUUUAGGAGAAGUAUUGAAGCAUUGAGAGGUCAUGAUGAUAAGAUUAGAAUUGUGUUAAACAAAGCAGAUAUGAUUGAUCACCAGCAGUUGAUGCGGGUAUAUGGUGCACUUAUGUGGUCAUUGGGAAAGGUGCUGCAAACACCUGAGGUGGCCCGUGUCUACAUUGGUUCUUUCUGGGAUCAGCCGCUUCGAUAUGAUGUUAACAGGCGUUUGUUUGAAGAUGAAGAGCAAGAUCUCUUUAGAGAUAUGCAGUCUCUUCCAAGAAAUGCUGCAUUACGUAAGCUGAAUGACUUGAUUAAAAGGGCUAGGCUUGCGAAAGUUCAUGCAUACAUUGUCAGUGAGUUAAGAAAAGAAAUGCCCUCAAUGUUUGGAAAAGAUGGUAAGAAGAAGGAUUUAAUAAAGAACCUCGGUCAGGUAUAUGACCGUAUCCAAAGAGAGCAGCAGAUUUCGCCUGGUGACUUCCCCGACAUAAAGAAAAUGCAAGAGACACUUGCUAAUCAUGACUUUACAAAAUUCCAUCCUCUAAAACCAAAAUUACUAGAGGUUGUAGACCAAAUGCUGGCAAUUGACAUAGCAAAACUAAUGGAUAUGAUACCGCAGGAGGAUACAAACGUUGUCACAGAGCCUCUGAUCAAAGGUGGUGCAUUCGAGGGUGUGGAAGACCAGGUAUCACCGUUCGGGUACGGGCGGGGCGAGGGCGUUGACGCUGGCCACGGAGACCCCGAAUGGAUCUGCAGCAAGGAGAAACCGCAUUACGACCAGAUAUUCCAGUCGCUGAACCCUAUCGACGGAAAGGUCACCGGCGCUGCUGCAAAGACCGAGAUGGUGAAAUCCAAGUUGCCCAACUCGGUGCUGGGCAAGAUCUGGAAGCUGUCUGACAUCGACAAGGAUGGGUUCCUGGACGAGGACGAGUUCGCGCUCGCUAUGCAUCUCAUACAAGUGAAGAUCGACGGACACGACCUGCCGCCAGAGCUGCCUCCGCACCUCGUGCCGCCCUCCAAGCGCAACUGA